AUGUUUAAUAGCCGAACCUUCACUAAGAGGUGGUUGAACGACAGAGAAGAGGACAGCGAGUCUUCAGGAGAUGAGGAAUUGCCGGCCAUUUUUGACCCUUCGGCUCCAGAAAGCAGAGUGAAAGAGCUUGCACCGGGUACAGUGGUGUGGGCGAAGAGUAAGGGUUGGUCGCAUUGGCCUGCUGUGCUGCAUAAGUGUUACUGUAAUAACAAGAAGGCUUGGGUGACGUACUUCGAUGGCAGCAAUCAAAGACUUCAAGUGAGCAGCAGAUCGGUGGUACCCUUCUCCGGACCAAAUCGGUCAAAGUAUUUAGAUUUGGGACGACGGCACAAACACAACACUGGAUUUGAGACGGCUAUAGAGAGAGCAGAUGACUACUUAAUCAAGAGAGGGCUAGGAAAAUCAUCUGACUGUAAUACUUCAUUCUACUCGGGUAAUACUUCAUUCUACUCGGAACUCGACACAAUGAGUUUCCAGUCACCACCGGCUUCGCCACAUUCUGAAACCCAGUGUCCUAUAUCACCCUUUAGGAUAUCAGCGUCACAUGAUGCCAUGUCAUCCGACCAAACAGCAUUACCUGACAGCAUCAGGGAGAAUCUACUGUCGUCAGAUGAAGAGUUGCGGGUUGGUUUUCCAAUUCAGAACAGCUGCCCAAGUAAGAAUGAGGAGAAACUGCAGGAGGAUCCAUCUGUUAUUCAAAGGCAAAAGAGGUGGAUACGCACUCAAAACAGACUACUGAAAUAUAUCCUGACAAAAAAAACCAAGGAACACCUGCUGGCUAUCUACAAGGGGCAAACGAAUUCAGAGAGGCAUUCAUUGUUUGGAUCUAAGCGAAGCAUCGAUCGACAGAAACUACGAGCACUGGCUGGCCUUGGACCAAUCACUGGUGAAGAACAACAAAGCGACCUGACUGACUUUCUAAGUGAGCUGUACAAAAAUCACUGCAUGAAAAGUCAAGAGGAUUUACCUAGUCUGGCCUACAUCACAGAGGUCUGGUUACCAGAGGCGGUGAUCUUUGCGAUUCAGAAGACCAGACGCAUCAACAGAGUCAAAGCAGAAGACCUCUUCUUCAGCGAAGGAGUACAGAGUCUGGUGGACCUCGGUGAAGACAUACCAACACACACACAGACAUUCGCUACAUUAUAGCAGGCAGCCAAUUAUCGGUCAAUUCAGAAAGUUAAGUCAUGAGGGGACCUACAUGUAGGUGGAAUCUGGGCCCAAUUUGAAAGAGCUGCUUAGCGGUCGGCUUUGUGCUUACUGUGUGAUUUACAUUUCAUAAGCGCUGCUAACCCUAAGCACAAGAACCUUCAAGCGCUUACUGUAUGAAAAUGAAUGACGUAACAAUGCAGUCUAUGGUGAAUGCGCAAACUGGCUGCCUAAUUUUCUUGCUAAUGAAACACGCAAACGCUUCAGCAUAACUUGCUGCUGUAGUUAUUAGGAAAAUUUACUUAUCGUUAAGCAGCGCUAUGAAAUUGGCCCCUGAUCCUCCCUUGCAAUUUGUUUUUGAAAACUGGUGCAAAUUUUCACCAAAUGUGGCCUUUUAUUUUUUACUCGUUUAUAUGGCUCGUGUAAAUAUAUCGUCAGCAUUUUCACAAAGUGGCAGAUCCGUCCCAAAUGUACAAAAUUGUUUGAGGAACAUUCACUGCUGUUUACCUUUUCGCCAAGUUUCUGGACCUACAUGUAACUUGUCAUAGAUAUGGCGUUACACUAAUCAGCAUAAUGGCGAAUCACUAGGUUUGCCAUUUUGCUAUUUUAAAUAAAUUGCUCUGAAAUAUAUCCUGACAAAAAAUUGUAAGAUGUUG